AGAGUUUUUUCUCGUCACUACACAUUUCAAAUUUCAAGGUCAAGAGAUGAUCAAUUUAAGUGUUCUCCACCAUCGGAAUACGCUCUUCUCGAGGAUUUUCGAGGUGCAUCUUGCAGUCCUUAAAAAUUACAACGAGUUCUCCACCAUCGGAAUACGCUCUUCUCGAGGAUUUUCGAGGUGAUUCUUCCAGUCCUUCAAGAUUACAACGUCAUAUAAAAUUUUCCUUGGAUAAAUUGAUCAUUUGCGGCAAUUAUGCUUAAGCAAUAGAGUGAUAGAGUUGGUGAGAGAGCACGCAAGUGUGCCACGAUAGAAGUAUCGAAAGAAAAAAAAAAGGAAAACUCCCCUCCCCCUCCAACGCAAAAGGAUAGUUCUAAAAUAAAGGAAGUAAUUGGGAGGCAACUAUGUAAUUUUGUUUCACCUUCUCUUCCCUACCCUAAAAUUGAAGGAAAAGUGUAGGUGAUAAAACACAGUCGGCCUCAUGAUACCCUCCGAUUUUCGAUAGAGAGGGAGACGGAGAUGGAGGCCCAACUCCAGCCCCCUGACGAUUUCAAAUGCCCAAUUUCGCUGGAGAUAAUGUCGGACCCCGUCAUCCUGCCGUCCGGCCACACCUUUGACCGCGCCUCCAUCCAGCGGUGGCUCGACUCCGGCCACCGCACCUGCCCCAUCACCCAACUCCCCCUCCCGCCUCACCCCACUCUCAUCCCUAACCUCUCUCUCCGCUCCCUCAUCUGCCUGUGGUCCAAAUCCCACAACCACCCCCUCCCCCAACCCCUGCCAUACUCCUCCACCACCACCCCCUCCAUACAUAGCCUCAUCCUCUCCCUCUCCUCCCCCUCCUCCACCCUCCCCCACAAACUCCACUCCCUCCACCACCUCAACCACCUAUCUCGCCACUCGCGGCACCUCUUGACGGAUUCUGGUGCCAUCCCAGCUCUCCUUGCCUGUGCAAACGACCCCCGAUUGCAGUACCCUUCCCUCCUGGUUCUCUUCAAUCUCAGUGACACUGAUCACAAUAAAGUCGGGCUGGUCGCCGAGGGUGUGGUCCCUACGCUUGUUAGUGCCCUAUCUACAGGUUCCCCUGCUGCACGAGCCCUCGCCGCGACCACUACGACCAGUUUGGCCCUUGUCGACGUCAACAAGGCGACAAUCGGGUCCUACCCUGGGGUCAUCCCAGCGCUCAUAAGGCUUCUUUCUGAUGUUGACCAUCCGCGGGGCAGGCGCGAGGCCGCGACGGCACUGUAUACUCUGUGCGCAUUUCCCGACAAUCAGCGGCGCGCAGCUGAGGCCGGUGCUGCUCAGCCGCUUCUGGGAAUGGGAUUGCACUCUGCGGAGCGGCCUGCUGAGGUUUUAAGUCUGAUGGCGAAGUGUAAGGAGGGAAGAGAAGCGAUCGAGAAGUGUGAGGGUUGUGUUGGAGUUCUGGUUAGGGUUUUGAGGGAGGGGAGUUCUCGGAGCAAGCAGCAUGCCCUGGCGACCUUGGCGAGUCUUUGCGAGCACAACGCGUGUUUGGCUUGGGAUGCAAGAAGGGAAGGGGCUCUCUGUUGUGGGGCUCAGAUGGUGAAGGAUGAGAAUGUGAAGAUUCGGAGGAAUGCGAUGAGACUGGUUAGGGCUUUGGAGAAGGGUUCCGAUUCGAAUUCAACGCGAUGAAUGACUGAAUUUGGGGUUUCUUCUGGGUUGCCAUUUUUUCUUUGUUCUGUGGAUUGAUGGCGGGAAGUGGGCUGUAAUGUUUGCAUCUUUCUUCCUCUGCUUUGUUUUCUUCAUGAAUUGGUCUUGUAUAGUAUGUUUUACUGGAAAGAAUGGGAAUUUGUGCUGGUCAUUAAUUCUUGUUCA